CUGCUCACUCGUGGUUGGUUUGCAAGGCUUCCAUUCGCUGCACUUAGGAUAGGCUGAUCUUUUUUUUUGCCUCUCUUAAUAGGGAAGGUUGAUUAGUACAAAAGUUAUAUUUUUUUAUGUAUGUAUUUUUUGUAUUGUUUAAACUAUUAAAUCAGUGCACUAGAGAUGAGGAGGGUAACACUCUUCGUAAACGGUACUUCCAAAAACGGCAAGGUGGUUGCAGUUUAUGGCACUCUGGCGGAUUUGUUAUCAGUUGCUAGUAACAAGCUAGGAAUAAAAGCAUCAUCGUUUUAUAAUGGAAAAGGAGGACUGAUUGAUGAUAUUGCUCUCAUCAGAGAUGAUGACGUCUUGUAUGUUUCAGAAGGUGACCCUUUUGUUGAUCCCCAAACUGAAACAAAGCUGGCUGAUAGCUUGAGUAAUCAUACAGACUGGCUGACCUUAAACAUCGGUGGACGCUGUUUCACAACAACACGGAGCACAUUGGUCAGUAAGGAGCCAGACAGCAUGCUGGCACACAUGUUCAAAGAGAAAGAUGUUUGGGGAAACAAGCAAGAUCAUAAUGGAGCAUACUUGAUUGAUCGUAGCCCUGAGUACUUUGAACCAAUCCUAAACUACCUAAGACAUGGCCAGCUAAUUGUCAAUGAAGGCAUCAACCUUUUGGGUGUGCUUGAAGAGGCUCGCUUUUUUGGAAUAGAGCAGCUGGCUGAACAGCUAGAAGUUGCCAUAAAGAAUUCUCAGCCUCCUGAGGAUCACUCCCCUAUUUCACGCAAGGAGUUUGUCCGAUUCCUUUUAGCUACUCCAACCAAAUCAGAGCUGCGCUGCCAGGGUCUUAAUUUCAGUGGUGCAGAUUUGUCCCGACUUGAUUUGCGGUACAUCAACUUCAAAAUGGCCAAUCUUAGUCGCUGCAAUCUGACACAUGCCAACCUGUGCUGUUCUAACUUGGAACGGGCUGACCUUUCUGGAGCUAACCUAGAUGGAGCUAAUUUACAAGGAGUGAAGAUGUUGUGUUCUAAUGCUGAGGGGGCCUCGCUCAGGGGCUGCAACUUUGAGGACCCUUCAGGGCUCAAGGCCAAUCUGGAAGGUGCAAAUUUGAAAGGGGUGGAUAUGGAGGGCAGUCAGAUGACCGGCAUUAAUCUGAGGGUUGCUACAUUAAAGAAUGCAAAGCUAAAGAACUGCAACUUGCGAGGUGCAACACUUGCAGGGACAGACCUUGAGAACUGUGACCUUUCAGGCUGUGACUUGCAGGAGGCAAACCUUCGUGGUUCCAAUGUCAAAGGGGCCAUUUUUGAAGAGAUGCUGACACCUUUGCACAUGUCACAAAGUGUCAGAUAACUAUGCCAGGCAGUGAAGACUGUUCACCUGUAUUGAUAAGCUGCCUUCCUUCAUCUCCCCCAGUUUCCACAGUAAAUCAGGCUAAUUGCUGAAGUGUUCUUUCCUUCCCCAGAAAAGCAUCAAACCAAACCAGAUUGAUCAGCUGUUCCAAAAGCCAUACAUCCUGCCAGUGCCUGCCAUGAAUGAAGUGGAUCUUUGGACAUACCAUGCAGUAGUUUAAUGUUAAUAUUUAAUUUUGACCCUCUUGUGUGUACAUUGUGUUUAAUUUUUUCAGAUGUAAUUUGUAUAAACCCAAAGCCCAUAAUUAAGUGAUGCAUAUUUGUGUUGAUUUCUCCUCAUUUUGUUCAUACUACUAAUUAUGAAGGAUUGUUACAAAAAAAACCACUUCAGAAUCUUUUGUUGGAGUGCGUAUUUUGUAAGAGCAUUCUACACUGUUUUUUUUUUUUUUUUUUUUUUUUUUGAGUUUACCCGGUUUUUGUUUAUUUUUAGUAAUCUUUAAUUGAUUUGUUGAGCACUUAAGUGUUCUUUCUUUCUUGUAUAAAAUGUUGUACUUGUUAUGGAGCCCAGUGUUCCGCCGUAUUUAUGAAGUUGGACACAAAUUGCAGUUAGAUUUCAGGGCCUGUUUCCUUUUAUUUAGUCCAUUUAAGCAGGUCUUGGUUCUGUUUGUUGUUCCAUGUAUCAUCCUGGCAGUGUCCUGUUGCUUUGUGUGUUUCUAAUAUGUAAUUGUGGGAGACUUAUGUGAGUCAUUUAUGCUUUUGUGAUGAAAAUUCAAGCUUUAAGUCUAAUGAAUCCUUAGUGUAAGAGUCAUCCUACUGUUUGUGCUGGGAUGCUGGUGCAUUUGGUUUUCUUUCCAGUGACUGACUUCUGUAAAGGUCAGAUUAUUUUAACCUAGAAUAUACUAGGGACUCUUGUACACAGAUGCUGCUGGAUAAGAAUGAAGAAAGCCAGUUUUGUUUUGUUUUGUUUUGUUUUUUUGCUGCUUUCCACAGUGGCACCAUGGUUUUCAUAAAGGUACUUAAUUUGUUUAGUUCUGUAUCUGUGGAAUGUAGUUAGGAAAAAAGUUUCCAAAACAUUGUAGCAUUUUAUGAAACCCUGCAGUGAGGGGAGGAAAGUUAUUAUUUAUUUUAAUGUAAUGCCAGAAUAUAUUUUAUCUACAUGAAAACUGAAACUAUUGCCUUUAAAAAGAAGCUGGGUUUAUGUUACCUCUGUUGUACCCAGCUGUCUUGAUAUUUGCACUUAAUUCUCAAUGGAAGUAAUAUUGCUUUAAUUAAAUAUUUUAAGAAAUAAA